AUGGAUUCCCAGCGGGAACUCACAGAGGAACUGCGGCUUUACCAAUCCACCCUUCUUCAGGAUGGUCUAAAAGAUCUCCUGGAUGAAAAAAAAUUCAUCGAUUGCACCCUAAAAGCAGGUGACAAAAGUCUUCCUUGCCACAGAUUGAUUUUGUCAGCUUGUAGUCCUUACUUCCGUGAGUAUUUUUUAUCUGAAAUUGAUGAGGGGAAAAAAAAGGAGGUAGUAUUAGAUAAUGUGGAUCCUGCUGUACUGGAUUUAAUCAUCAAGUACCUGUACUCUGCCAGUAUUGAUCUCAACGAUGGAAACGUGCAAGAUAUUUUUGCCUUGGCCAGCCGCUUUCAGAUCCCCUCGGUGUUCACUGUCUGUGUUUCCUAUCUUCAGAAAAGACUUGCUCCUGGUAACUGUCUAGCCAUCUUAAGAUUAGGACUUCUUCUUGACUGCCCGAGACUUGCUAUCUCUGCCCGUGAAUUUGUGUCUGAUCGUUUUGUACAGAUUUGUAAGGAAGAGGACUUUAUGCAACUAUCUCCGCAGGAACUGAUCUCAGUCAUUUCAAAUGACAGUCUAAAUGUGGAGAAGGAAGAAGCGGUAUUUGAGGCGGUGAUGAAAUGGGUGCGAACAGACAAGGAAAACAGGGUCAAAAACCUUAGCGAAGUGUUUGAUUGUAUUCGUUUUCGCCUUAUGACAGAAAAAUAUUUUAAAGAUCACGUUGAGAAAGAUGAUAUAAUUAAAAGCAACCCAGAACUCCAGAAAAAAAUCAAAGUUCUCAAAGAUGCCUUUGCAGGCAAACUCCCAGAACCUAGCAAAAAUGCAGAGAAGUCUGGGGCUGGGGAGGUGAACGGUGAUGUUGGUGAUGAAGAUUUACUCCCUGGUUACCUGAAUGACAUUCCCAGGCAUGGAAUGUUUGUCAAAGACCUCAUCCUCUUGGUGAAUGACACAGCUGCCGUGGCUUAUGAUCCCACAGAAAAUGAGUGCUACCUCACUGCACUGGCUGAGCAGAUUCCCCGAAAUCAUUCUAGCAUUGUUACCCAACAAAAUCAGGUGUAUGUGGUAGGAGGACUAUAUGUGGAUGAAGAAAAUAAAGAUCAACCUCUACAGUCCUACUUCUUCCAGCUUGAUAACAUAGCAUCCGAGUGGGUUGGACUUCCACCUCUGCCAUCAGCCAGGUGUCUCUUCGGUCUGGGAGAGGUAGAUGACAAAAUCUAUGUAGUUGCAGGCAAAGACCUUCAAACAGAGGCUUCGCUGGAUUCAGUAUUAUGCUAUGAUCCUGUGACUGCAAAAUGGAAUGAAGUUAAAAAACUGCCUAUCAAAGUCUAUGGCCAUAGUGUGAUUUCACAUAAGGGGAUGAUAUAUUGUCUAGGAGGAAAGACAGAUGACAAAAAGUGUACAAACAGAGUGUUUAUCUACAACCCCAAAAAAGGAGACUGGAAAGAUGUGGCUCCAAUGAAAACCCCUCGUUCCAUGUUUGGGGUGGCCAUACAUAAGGGCAAGAUUGUGAUUGCAGGAGGCGUCACCGAAGAUGGCCUUUCAGCUUCAGUAGAAGCUUUUGACCUCAUAACCAAUAAAUGGGAAGUAAUGACUGAAUUUCCCCAAGAAAGAAGCUCCAUCAGUUUGGUCAGCCUGGCUGGAUCCCUGUAUGCCAUCGGGGGCUUUGCCAUGAUUCAACUGGAGUCUAAAGAGUUUGCACCCACUGAAGUCAAUGACAUAUGGAAGUAUGAAGAUGAUAAAAAAGAAUGGGCUGGGAUGUUGAAGGAAAUACGUUAUGCUUCAGGAGCUAGUUGCCUAGCAACACGUUUAAACCUCUUCAAACUGUCUAAACUAUAA